AUACAGGUUAUUUUCGUAACUAAAAUGGCGCUAACCGUCCCUUGCAAAAUUUCAGUAUUAUUUGCAAUCGGUGCAUAAUGGAGGAAAUGGAGACGAGGUUUUGAUAAGCAGAGAACUAGGGGAAUAAAGCGCUGGCAAGUUAAUCUCAUGUCAGCCCACUGAGCAGCCAUGUCUCAGAGGCUGAAGAGGCUUGCUGGGAAGCCUGAUGAUCCAGGCCCCAUGGGUAAGCGCAAACGUCGGAAACUGAGCGGCUCGGAGGAUGCCGACUCGCAGCAGCCGCAGCUGUCGGCUGCCGGCCACGGCUGGACGCCCAAACACCUCGGCGACCUGAAGGCCUACAACAAAAAGGCGGUGGAAAAGCCGGGGGAGCUGAUUCGCACGGACCUGAUCAGCGCGAUGAAGCUGGCCGACUCGGAGUACCUGUCGCCUGACGAGUACCUGGAGAUCGCCGACCAGUGGAAGCAGGAGUGGGAGCGCGGCGUCCAGGUGCCCGUCAACCCGGACACGCUGCCGCACCCGCGCGUCAGCUGCGUGCCCGGACCGCCGCAGCGGCUGCAUGACUUCAAACUGCCCAAGAAGCUGGUGCGUGUGACGCACGACGACUCGUCGCCCGAACUGUAUCACAUGACCAACGCGCCGGCCAAGGCCGAGAAGAUGUGUCGCUACGACCUGGACGAGCAGGACUCUAUCUGGCUGGGCAUCUUCAACGGCGAGCGCGCCCGCAUGGGCCUGCCUGCCGUCUCCGACCUGGAGCUGGAGAGGGCCAUCGAGGAACUGGAGCGCCAGUGCUGGAACCGGCUCCAGACUAUCGUCAAGACGCAGGAGUGCCUCAGCAUCGAGUUCGACGAGAGCGUCGUCUGCGACGUCUGUCGACAGCCCGACUCUGAGGAGGAGAACGAGAUGGUGUUCUGCGACAAGUGCAACAUCUGCGUCCACCAGAUGUGCUACGGCAUCACCAGCAUCCCGGACGGCUCGUGGCUCUGCAAGACCUGCGCGCUCGGCAUCAAGCCAGAGUGUGUGCUCUGCCCCAACAAAGGCGGCGCCAUGAAGAGCACCCGUUCGGGCCACAAGUGGGCGCACGUCAGCUGCGCCCUCUGGAUCCCCGAGGUCAGCAUCGGCGACGUUGAGAAAAUGGAGCCUGUCACCAAGAUCUCCAACAUCUCGGCGCGUCGGUGGGCACUGCUCUGCGUGCUCUGCAAGCAGAAGGUCGGCGCGUGCAUCCAGUGCUCGGUCAAGUCCUGCAAGACGGCCUACCACGUCACCUGCGCGUUCAAGCACAACCUGAAGAUGAAGCCGGUCGAGGACGAGAGUGACGACGAUGAGAUUAAGUUGAAGUCGUACUGUCCGAAGCACAGUAAGAACGAGAAGCUCUCCGGCGAGUCUGACUCGGACGGAGAGAUGCGCCGGGCCGACCCGGACUCGGAGGCGCAGCGGCGCACCAGGAAACAAAAGCUGCAGCAAAUCGAGGCCGAGUUCUACAAGCACGUGGACCUGAGGGGCGCCGCCGCCUCCUGCGGGCUGCCCACCGAGGCGCUGGACUUCAUCUACAACUACUGGAAGCUCAAGCGGAAGUCGUGCAACAACAAGGCGCUGCUGACACCCAAUACGGACGAGAUCGAUCUGCGCACAGAGCAGCAGCAGCAGGACCUCGAGAAGAUCAAACAGUUUGUCCAUAUCAGACAGAACCUGGAGAAGGUCCGAAAUCUGUGCUACAUGGUGACCAAGCGGCAGAAGCAGUGCCGAAACUACUUCCGGCUGCGCGAGCAGACGUUCCUGCAGCAGGAGGCAGUGCUGCGCGACUCGGGCACGCGCCUCUCGGCCGAGGAGCGACGCGCCGUGCUGGCCGCCAACCACGUCGGCUCGAACGUGUACGACCGGCACUACUCGCACGCGGGCGCCAGCCUGUACAGCCAGCCGCUGGAGCAGCUGCUCGACCUGAUCCGCGGCAAGGGCGGCGUGCCGCGCUCGGGCCCCAACGGCGCCGUGCGCCGUCCGGGCGCCGCCGACCCGUACCGGCGCACCUACGUGAACGGCGCCGAGCAGCGGCGCGACCGUCUGGCCACCAGCAGCUGCACCAGCGAGUCGGACGGCGGCAGCAGGAGCCGCGAGCGGCGCUCGGCCCGCUCCGGCUCCAGCACCGAGCGAGAGCGGCGCCGACCGGUGAGUGGGGCCACGGCGGGCACCGCCAGCCAGCGGCCCACCAAGAGUGAUCUCUUCGGUGACACGAGUGAGAGUGACGCGGCGGCGAGCGUGGACAAACACCGGCGACCGGGCCGGCACAAGGCGCCGCCGCCGCCGGCGCGCGCCAACAAGGCGGCCGACAGUAGUGACGACGACGUGCCGCUGGCGCACGAGAGCGCAGCGCGACGCGGCCGCGGCCGCGGGCGCCGGACCCGAGCGGCGGGCGGCGCGCGGGCGCCCGGUGCCAGUGACGAUGUGACGAGUGAUUCGGACUCGCGAGUGCCGUCGGCAGCGGCCGUCACCAAGGGCAAAAACAUUUACACCGACAGUGAGUCGGAGGGUGACGAGCGGCGCCGAUCUACAUCGCCCGUCAGUGCAAUUCGUACCAAAGCGGCGCUCAAGGCGUUCACGGCGGUCAAGGCGGAGGCGGAGGAGACGCCGGCGGCCGCCAGUGGCGGAAAGCGGCGCGGUCGCAAGAAGAAGUCCGACGUGGAGUCGGCGACUGAGGCGGGCGGCGGCCGGAACAAGACGCCCAUCCCCGACCUCAGUCUGAUCGUGCCGCCGCGGCAGGCGAUGCUGGACGCCAACAAACGCAUCGCCGGACAGAAGCCAGCCGACGGCUCUGCGGCGGCGCUGGCGGCGGCGGGGGCUCCGGCCCCGCCGCCGCCGACCGCGCCUGAGCCGAUCACGCCUCAGAAGCGGGGUCGCGGUCGGCCGCGCAAGUCUCCCGAGGGCCGGGCGGCGUCCAAGUCGCCGCGAGUGGGCGUGCCGGGCCGGGAGCCGCAGCGCGCCGCGCAGCCGGAGCCCGAGGACGAGGGCGCCGGCAACGAGGCGGUGGCGCGUGAUACUCGACUGCGGCGGCCGGAAAAGCCGCCCUUUCGAGCUGGAGGGCGGUCGGGGCAUAAUAGCAAAUCUACUCCGUCGCACGCAGUUGCGGCGACCGCUGAAGAUGCCGCUGCUGGACCGCCCUCGGUUCCGCAACAGCAGCGGCCAAGGAGUGCUGGCUCAUCCGGCUCCAGCAGUAGCAGCAGCAGCAGCAGCGGCUCCAGCAGCAGCAGCAGCGGCAGCAGCAGCUCCAGCAGCAGCAGCAGCAGUGGCAGCGGCAGCAGCUCUGACAGCGCCGACUCCGACGCUGAGGGCGCCGCCCAGUCGGCGGCUGCUGCGCGAGGUGAACGCGGCGCGACUGGGCGAGCGCGAGCUGUCGCUGACGGUGCGCGCGCCGCCGCCGCCACCACCGCGGCGGCCGGACCCGCAGCGCCGACGCGCCGACGCGCGUCGAUUGGAGGAGCAGGAGAAUCGAGCCAAGACACGCAGCAGCCAACAGCCAAGGAAGCUGCGCUCAGCGGACAGCGCAGUCCGCGUGCCGCCGAAACGGUGAGGAAGGCGCGUCCAAUGCCACUCAGUCGGAAGAAAGCGCUGGGGCUUGAGGGGCUCGACUCUGGCGGCGGGCGUGACGUCCCGGCCGAAACGCCUCGCCAAGCCUCGCGAGAGGCGGCCGCGGCCAAACCGCUCAAAGGCUCCAUCGACAGUAUCCUCAGCGAACGGUCGGCGGUCAAAACCGAGUCAACAGGCGGGUACAAGGCUGCCGAGGAGGCUCGCUCGGAGCGACUCGAAGAUACCGCCGACGAGCCCGCACCGGCGGCAGCGGCGGCGGCGCCGGCCUCUCGACGAGCCUCGACGGCCGUCGAUGCCGACUCGGAGGUGCUGCCCGCGCAGCCCUCGUCUAUCUUCUCACCGCCAAGGCUGAACGCCGGCGACCCCAUCUUCGAGUUCGAGACGGAGCUGUUCAGCGGCCAGAAGACGGCGGCCGCAGCGCCGCCCGCCUCCUCCGCGGCGCCGGUCUCCACGGCCGCGCCCGCGGCGGUUACCACCACCAGCGCGGUCUCCGAGCAGCUGGCGGCGCCGACCGCUCGGCCGAUGCCGUCCAUGUUCUCGCCGCCGCGGCGGCCGAGCACCUCUGGCGACUCGGCGAUCGAGCCGGAGAUUGUGGACCAGAAGCCGCCGGCGGUCUCCCGGCCGGCGCCGCGCGCGCCGGUUAUCAUGGAGACCAAGGAGGAGAGCCAGCAGGUGACGAUGGACCUGGUGGAGAAGCUGCGCCUGCAGUACGCCCAGCAGGGCCCCGACGAGCGGCCAGAGGAGAAACCGGCCGCCGCCAAGACACCGAGCACGCCGAGCCGCGGCGGGCCCGGCGACACUCCGACGCACGGCGAGCCGUCCAAGUGGCGGCCGCUGGCGUCUGCGGCCGAGUCGGAGCCGCCGGCUGAGCGGCCCGUCGAGCCCAGCCCGACGGCGGCCGUCAGCAGCCUGCCCGGCAAGCCGCCCCCGCCUCCGGCGCCGGCGGCCGCGCACGCUCCGCCGCGCCGCUCCGCCAGCGGCGAGCACCGCCCGGUGGCUGGCGUCGAGUGGCCGCUGGAGCCGCCGCUCAAGUCGCCGCCGCUGCAGGCCGAGCAGCCGCCGGUGCCGCCGCGCAAACGGCAGGCGUCGCGGCCGGAGCCGGCAGCGGCGCGCUACGCGGCGGCCCCGGAGCGGCCCGGCUUCCCGUCGCCGCCGUGCAGCGCGGCCGGCCUGCUGCCGCCGCCGCGCGGCCUCGGAUCCGUCAGCGUGCGCACACCGGCCAGCAUCAACGCCGCCAACCCGAUGCCGUCGCCGUACGGCCAGUUCACCGACAUCAUGCAGAUGCAGCACAUGAUGAUGAUGCAGCAGAUGCUGCCGGAGGGCCAGCUGCGCGAGCUGAUUCAGAUGCAGCAGUGGCCGGAGCUGUUCCAGAUGCAGCAGCAGCAGUACCUGAUGCAGCAGCAGGACGCCGAGGCGGACCUGAAGCGGCGCAAGGAGGCUGAGAUGCAGGAGCUGCGGAAACAGGCGGAGCGACACAGUCGGCAGGAGGAGGCCAGGAAAGAGGCCGAGGAGCGGCGCCGGCGCAGCGAGGAGGACCGCCGCCGCCGCGAGGAGGAGGAGCGGCUCGCGCGAGAGGAAGAGGAGCGACGCUGCUACGAGGAGGACCUGCGGCGGAGGAAGGAAGAGGAAGACCGCCGCCGGAGAGAGGAGGAAGAGCGGCUGGCGCGUGAGGAGGAGGAGCGGCGCCGGUUUGAGGAAGAGCUCCGCCGACGCAAAGAAGAGGAGGAGCGGAGGAUGCGUGAGGAGGAGGAGCGGCGCAGGCGCGAGGAGGAGGAGCGGCGCAGGCGCGAGGAAGAGGAGCGCCGGCGGCGUGAGGAAGAGGAGGAGAAGCGGAUGCGGGAGCUGCAGGAGAUGAUUAAGCGCCGCCGGGAGGAGGAGCGUGUGGCCGCGUUCAUGGCCGAGCAGGAGGCGGAGCUGCGCCGCUCGCUGGCGCCGCCGCCUCCCCGUGCCCCUCCCCCGCCGCCCGCCGAGAAGCCGGCCGAGCGCGUCAAGGAACCGCACCGUCCGCCCAUGUCGGCGGCCGACCUGGACCAGUGCCGGCUGCAGGCGCUCAAUGCGCUCAUCACGGGCCAGCAGGAGCAGCAGCCGCCGCCGCCGGCGUCCGUCCACCAGCCGGUGUCCAUGCACCAGCAGCACCCCUCCGUGUCCCUGCAGCAGCCGGCGGCGCCACCCUCCCACCAUCCUCAGCCGCCGCUGGCCGCGGUCUCCCUCCACCAGCCGCAGCAGCCGGCGCCCGUGUCCCUUCAUCAGCAGCAGCCCACUCCCGUGUCCCUUCAUCAUCAUCAGCAGCCCACCCCUGUGUCCCUCCACCAGCAGCGGCAGCUGCCGCCCACGUCCCUCCACCAGCAGCCGGCCGUGUCCCUCCACCAGACGGCCCCGCCGGUGUCGGCGCACCAGCCACUUCCAGUACAAUCGCAGCCGCCGCCGCAGGAGGCCGCCGCCGACGUGCAGGCGCCCAAGUCCCGGCUGCAGAGCCAGCCGUCGGCGCAGGAGCUGGUCUCCGAGUUCCCGCGCGUGGGGCCAGCGCCGGAGCCGAUCGGCGCCGAGCAGCCACCGGCCGCUUCCACCCCGUCACUGCCGCCGCCGGCGGCCGCCGAGCCGGCCGCGCCGGCACCGCCGCCAGAGGCCGAGCCGGCGCCCGUCCGAUCCCGGGGCCGGCGAGAGUCCAGUCUCAAGGCCAGCAUGCAGAUUCACAAGAUGCAGUCAUCAGACGCCGGCGAAAACGACGCGGACUCGGAGGCAGCGACCCCGGCGCGGCGGGCCUCCGCGGCUCGUCACGUCUCGCCGGGAAAAAGUCCGCGCGCCUCCGAGAGCAAGCCGUCGGGUCGUGGCCGGCGCGGCGGCAAAUCGGCGGCCACUCAGGCGGUGUACGGCCGUGGUCGUGGUCGGGGACGGGGCCGGGGUCGCGGUCGAGGUGCGGCUGCGUCCCGUACCCCCGCGGUACCCUUCUGCCCCAAGCCGCAGGUGCCCAACGACCUGGCCGGCACCGUGUACGACUUCGACGACGACGAGCUGGACGACCUGCCCAAGACGCCGCACGGCCGCAUGCGUCCGAUCCGGGAGAGGUUCCAGAGCACGGACGUCGGCUCAGACAGGGCCGGCUCGGUCAUGUCUGAGCUGGCCGACGACGCGUCCAGUCAGUCGUCGCUGCCGCCGGCGGCGCCGAUGCCGCAGGUGCUGCCCACGCUGACGCAGCCGGGCGCCUCCGAGACCAGCAUGGAGUCGGUGGCCACGCCGCCGACGCUGCACGAGGCUACCGCUGAGGCCGAGACCGAGCCGGACGCGGAGACCAGCGCGCCGGCGGCCGAGGCGCCCAGCGUGACGGACGCGCCGCCCGAACUGCCCGUGGCAGCGCCCAUCGAAAGCGUCUGCGACGAGCGGAACCAGCUCAAGCUGAAGAUCAAGGGCCCGUUCCUGAACCCGAGCUACAACGUGCAGCCGGCGGCGGCGGCGCCCGAGUCGGCGCCGGCCGCGGCCGCCUCGGCAGCCGCUGUGGCGGUCAACUCCAACCUGCGCAAACGCAAGAAGGAGCUGAUUCGGCAGUACGUCAACAGCACGGAGACGGUGGAGCCGGCGCCGCCCGCACCGCCUCAGGAGGACAGCGCGCCGGUCGGCCAGCGCUUCGUCUGCCCCAAGGCAGUCAAAUCUGUGAGCAGCGCGCCCACCCGGGACGACUACCGCGGCCCGGCCGCCGGCCGGGAGGAGGGCGCGGCCUCCGGCGCCGCGCUGCUGCCCAAGCGGCGCGGACGGCAAGCCCGCGAGCAGGCCGCCGCCGCCUCCCAGGAGGCCUCGCCCAACAUACUGCGCAUCAGCUUCGGAAAGGACGGCCGUGGCAACGAGGUCAAGCCGCCCAAGAAGCGGCCUGGCGAGCUGGCACAGCCGGCCGGCGAGCUCUCCGUCUUCGAAAAGAUCCGGCAAGAUAACCUGCAAUACGGUGAUCAAAUGCUAGCCAGCUUUGAUCAAGAGCCUCCUCCACACAAAAAGGGCAAAAAGAAGAAGAAAAAGAAGGAGAAGGACAAAGAUAAGGACAAGGAUCGAGAUAAGGAGAAGAAGAAAAAGGACAAGUCUCACAAACACUCCAAAGUACAAAUUAUCAAUAACGAUACUGCCGCGGCGCCCAAGCUGAUAAUCAAGCUGGGCGGUCGCAAAUUGGGCGAGUCUCCGCCGGCGCCCGCGGAGCUCGGUGAGACGCCUCCGCCGCCGCUGUCGCAGCCGACGCCGCCGCCCAGCGACGAGAACGGCGGCGGCGGCCCCAAGGACCUGGUGGUGAAGAUAAAGACGCAGCCGGCUGGCGGCGGCGAGCCGGGUCGCCUGCAGCCGCUGAAACUGAUGCUGUCGCGGCGCGGCGCGGCGCUGGCGGCGGCCGCCACGCCGCCCCCGCCCACGCUCACGCCCGAAGUGGGCGGCGAUCUGGGCGGCGACGGCUGCGACGUCAGGUAGCGUCGGCUUGUGCCGCCGCCGCCGCCAGCCUGACCGGUACAAAGGGUCGGCGCGCCGCCGGCCGCCGCCGCCGCCGCCGCUGCCCGCAAGUGAUGUGAUACUCGCGCGGUCGGGCCGCGGCCCGCAGUAGCCUCACGCACAGCCUCCGCCCGCCGCCGGCCGCCGUCUAUUUUGUGAUAUGCGCCUCAAUGUGCGUUGAGUGUGUUGUUUUAGAAUUUAUCAUGCCGAGCGUUAGUGCGUCUGUAUGUGUGACUGUGCUGUGUGUGUCUGUGUGCGUGGGAGGGUGGGUGUCAGUGCCGGUCGUGCGGGCGGCCCCAAUAAGUGCUCCGUCAGGACGGCUCGGCCUCUGGCCGCGCCCGCCGGACAUUCCUGUGUUCCCGAGCGCGGAGUCGCCGGAUCGGUUGUCGCCGCGCGCGCUGACGCUGUGCCUCUGUCUCCCGUGCCAGCCUCCUGCCUCCGCUCCUGACUGCCGCGCGAUGGCCUCCUGCCGUCCCAGCCCUGACCUGACCCUAGUCACCGUCUCCGCCGCCGCGGCCGUCACCGCCGCCGCCGCCGCCAGCCACCAUCACACCAGGUACGGAGCCGCACCGGCCGCCGGUCGGUGCGGCGCCCCCUUCUCUGUCUGUCCUCUCUCUCUUCCUCCUCUGUCGCCGGGCCACGGGUAUUGUUUUAGCUGGCCGGGUGCGCCGUGACGCGAGCGGCCGACCGCCGGCCGCCGCAGGCACCGGCGCUGAGACGACUGACAGGCAUUAUAGUGGCCGGAGCGGCGCGCGAGGGGUGCCCGCCCUCCGCGCAGCCGCUCUGAAAGAGCUAGGCUAGCAAUGGGAGGUUAGAGUAGCGCUGCGCAGAGGGGCUGAUAUCGACUGGAGUAGCAUUUCUCGCCAGAGGAAUCCGUUGUUACAUUUGCGGUGGAUAAUUGUUCGAGGCUCAUGAUUGGGUUGAACCCAGUCGUUGGCCGCUUUUACUAGUUCAAAGUGAAUGGAUAUUACGUAUUUGAGCUGUUCUGCCUGAUACGGUUUUUCAUUGUUGCGAUUUAAAUUUGAACCGACCAUUGUCGAUAGAUCCAUAAUCAAACAAUUGUGAUUUGAAUUUCCGUCUUAUCAACUUGUAAAUGUUUUAUAUCCGAUCAGCUGUUCAGAUUUUACCCAAAUUAGUCACGUUUUCUAUUUCAUUGAUUGGUUUUGGAGUUGCUCUCCCGUGUAUCGGGACGUUCGUUUUUAUUAUCAAUUGAAGUGGUCUAUCUGGUCUUUCGUUCCGAGUCGUGACGGGAUCGGUGCCUGGUCCGUGUCCACCGUUCAAACGCUGUUCAAAUUGGCGCUCGGACCCCGCCCUCUCCUGUCCCGCCCCUACCCGGUCGGCUCCGCCCGCCGGCCGGGGCCGCCUAGUUAUAAGAGAGCUUUACUGGGGGCGCAGCGGCCGCCGUGCGCGCUAGCCGCCGCGUCCGGCCGGCCGGGUCAUGUGGUGCGCGCGCGGCGUGAGAGAGGGUGCGCGCCGCCGGCGUGCCGCUUUACUAAGCACGGCUACAUGUGAUCUCGGAAGGCGGCUGCCGCGGGCGGGCCGCGCCGAGAGAGCGCCAGCGGGUGACCGAGAGAGCGUGCGAGAGCGUGUGGGGCGACUGGCGGCCGCGGCGGCCCCGAGCCGGCCCCGCCCGGGCCGCGCGCGGCCGCCCGUAGACUCUAGUAACUUAAUGUUAGCGCGAAUCAUGCCGAUCGGUAGGUUUUUGUAUUUGUGUCAUAUUUUUGUAUUGUGUGUACAUAAUUUUUCUUUCGUAUUUAUUGUGAAUCUAUUGAACUGUUACCUGGCCAUACCAAGAUGGUUGAAUAUUGUACAUAUUGUAAGUGACAUUUGGCAUGCUGUACAUAGCAUCGACUGUUAAUUAUGGCAAUUUAAUAAAUAUACCUCGUACUGAU